ACACUAGCAGGCAUGAAUGCAGAUGCAGUUUUUUCUCUUCAAAACCAGUCCACCACUGUUGAUUAUAGUGGAAAGGUCCCCGUGGAGCACCUGGACUAUGGUUAUAUUGAAAAAUGCAAAGAUGUCAAAUACCUGGAAAAGAUCCUGAAAUUACUGAGGUCUGGUGAUGAGGGCAUUUACCCUCAUCUGAUCAAGUUCUGUGAGAGUCACUUGGAGAAACUGCACCCUAGGAGCCCAGCCCUCAGGAAGGAAAACUUUGUAGCAUCAGCAGCCAGCCUUUCUGAAGAUGAGUGGAGCCAAAUUGUUGAUGAGUUGAAGACAUGGCAAGAAGAAACCAAAAAGACUGACAAUUCACUAAAACAGCAGGCAGUGUUUGAUGAGCUAGUGAAAGAAAAUAUGGAACCCAUUAGAGGUUCCAAUUGCUCCAUUCCACUUAGUCAGACUUCAAAUGCAAUAAAAAAGAGGAAUUCUUCAAAAUGUACUCGCCCACGUGAUUAUCAAGAAUGGGACAAGUUUGAUGUGGAAAAAGAAUGUGAAAGAAUUGAUGAGAGUGUGGUCAAAAAUGAUCCACCAGCCAUUAUUAUCACAGGACAUACUAAAAUCAAGACAAAAGUGGAUGCCUCAUUGCUGACACAACAGGAGAAGUUCUUCCUGGCAAAUCGUGAAAAGGAUAAAGGCAAUGAAGCUUUCAGAGCAAACGAUUAUGAGGAGGCAGUUGCAUACUAUUCCCGGAGCCUUUCCAUUAUGCCAACUGUGGCCGCAUACAACAACAGAGCCCAGGCAGAGAUCAAUCUCAAGCACUGGCACAAAGCCAUGACAGACUGCCAGACUGUACUUGAGCUGGUACCAGGCAACAUGAAAGCCCUGCUACGCCGUGCCACUGUGCACAAGCACAUGGGCAACUUCCAACUGGCUGUUGAAGACCUGAGGAUGGUACUUAUGGAAGAUCCGCAGAAUGCUGCAGCUACAAAACUUCUGUCUGAAACUGAGAAGCUGAAGGAAUGUCAACCAGAGCAGCAAAGCAAAGGCAAAAAAAUCCUCAUCCAAGAAGUAGACGAGGAAGAUGACAACAGUAACGAUGAGACUAAAGCAGAAGCUUGUCUGGUUGAACCCAGCCAGCCUGUGGGAGGGGAGGAGUGCUCAGCUGCUCCGGCGGAAAGGGGAGACAUGGGUAACGCUCAAAAAAAGCCCCACGGCAGAGGGGACGGGGGUCCACACAGCGAGUCCAACAACUCUCAAACUGGACACUGGAGGAGCAAAGGAGGCAGCUCAGACAAAUACAAAGUCACGCAAGACUAUAAGGAAAAGGUAGCCAAUGGAACAAGCAAGAGGGGCUCGACAGCUUCAGUCCAGGCUGAUCAGAGUAACAACGGUAAGGGAACUCCGGUUGGAGGAACUGCAGGGGAAACUAUCAACCUUGAUGCCCCAUGUGGAGCCCUGCCCCCACCUCUGGCCCGUCUAAAAAAUGAAGGAAACCUGCUGUUUAAAAAUGGACAGUUUGCCGAUGCACUGGAGAAAUACUCAAAAGCCAUUCAAGGCUAUACUGAUUCAGGGAUUGACAGUCCAGAGGAUCUAUGUAUUCUGUAUUCUAACAGAGCAGCUUGCUACCUGAAAGAUGGCAACAGUCAAGACUGCAUACAGGACUGCACAAGAGCUCUGGAGCUGCAGCCAUUCUCCCUAAAGCCCCUCCUGCGCCGGGCCAUGGCUUAUGAGUCCCUGGAGCGCUACCGGAAGGCCUAUGUGGAUUACAAGACCGUCCUGCAGAUAGACAUCAGUGUGCAGGCAGCACACGACAGCGUCAACAGGAUCACAAGGCUACUGAUUGAGCAGGACGGUCCAGAGUGGAGAGAGAAACUUCCAGAGAUUCCCCUUGUGCCUCUGUCAGCUCAGCGGCAUCGCAGAGAGGAGCCACCCAGUGCAGAAGUUCUCCAGGCUCGAGCAGAGAAGGCCGCGAGGGAAGCAGAAAGGAAAGCAGAAAUUCGUUUUACAGCUUUGAAGCAAGAAGGGAACGACUUCGUGAAGAAGGGCCAAUACCAGGAUGCACUGGGAAAGUACACUGAAUGCCUUAAUCUAAAGCCAGAAGAGUGUGCUAUCUACACCAACAGAGCCCUGUGCUACUUGAAGCUGGAGAGGUUUACUGAGGCCAAGCAGGACUGUGAUGCAGCACUGAAACAGGAGCCAACCAAUAAGAAAGCCUUCUACAGAAGAGCCCUGGCCAAUAAAGGCCUCAAGGACUAUCUGGCGUGCAGCUCUGACCUACAGGAGGUGCUGCAGCAGGAUCCCAACGUGCAGGAGGCUGAGAAGGAGCUGGAGGAGGUCACAGUGCUGCUUAGACAGAGUCUGGCCACCGCCUCACCAGCCAAGCACAGGAAGACUGUCCCCAUCAGAGAGGUUGAAGGUGAUGAGGAAACGACAGCUGUUCCUAACUCAGAGGGCUGCUGCAGAGGAGAUGACAUAACCGUCAACCCCCAGCCAACCAAUGUCUAUGAGUUCGGCCAGGCUCUUAACGCAGCUUGCUGUAGCGGAAACACGGCGGUCGGAGCCGACCUGCUGGCCUCCACGGCCCCGGAGAUGCUUCCACAGUACCUGAGCACCCAGCUGGACGGACACACCAUCAGCUUCAUCGUGCAGGUGCUGGACUCCCACCUCCUGGAGAAAGACCCCAACCUGGUCUACCAACACCUCAACCAUUUGCACACCGCUGAGAGGUUCUCGACUGUUCUGAUGCUGCUGGAGAAGGACGAGCGUCGCCACUUAACUCAUCUGUUUGAACAUCUGUCAUCCACGGAGAGCGCAGAGUUCACUAAGAACGAUGUUCAGAACCUAGCCAACAAAUACAUCUGACUCUCCUGCCCCUGCUCCCUGUUGCAUGUACUGCUGCUCUACUACAACUCUUGGAUCUAUGCAAAACACUGCACAAGAAUUAAGUAAACGAAGGCAGGAAGCUAUAGAAUGUGCCCCAGAGCAAUACAGUAGACCUGGGUCACAUUCUCUCUACUGAUCUGUACUGUAAAUGAUCACUGUAUGUUUGAAUUGUUCUCUCGAAAACAUUUUGCUAUGCAGAUUUACUUUUGUACCACUAAUAACGACUUGCAUUGUACAACAGGCAGACAGUGGGAUACUAUGGACCUUUCACUGAAGUGUAAUGAUAAGUAGUGUCCAAUGUACAAAGUUAUUUAAGGCUACAGGCAAGUGUUCCCUUCAGGUGUUAUGCUCAGGACAAGCUCACGUUCCCAGAACUGUGCUCAGUUGAUCUGCUCCUUGAACCCUGUCAGUCUUUUGAUAUCAGCCAUUUGAUGAAUGAGCUGCUGUAAGACACUAGCCAAGAUCAGAAAUUAUAUUCAGUGCAUCCUGAAUAUUAUCUGGCAACAAAUGAAGUUCAUUUGCUACUGAGAUAAUUAAGCUGUUCCUUGCAGCGGGACAAACCAUAAGAUAAAGUAACUUAAACAGAUUUAUUGUGACCAUAUGUACCGUCUUAUCUUUGGGGGAGAAAUAGGCCUGCAUGACAUCUUAUUGCUGUUCUAUGCAGUAUGGUUAACAGUAUCUGUUGGACUGGUACCUACUGACACUUCUGUAUGAGAAGGUUACAGUUUGUAACCUUAGAUGGCUCCCAUGCUCUUUUGUUCAUUCAGCUAUGCAAUUAGCAUAUCUAUGUUCUAAUGUAAAGUGAACUCAUAAAAGGCUGGUGUUUGUGUCUUUUCCGCAAGGAAUGACAGUCAUUCACCCUAUUUUUUUUUGUUUUUUUUAAACCAAAUUAGCCUGCCAGGCAAUGCACAUCUGCAUCUCACAGCAGUUCAGCCAGUGUACACUGGAGAGAAGCAGUAUCUUUGAGAUGUUUGUACAGAUAUUCCUAAAGAGAGGGUGUCUUUGUGUCAUUCAGUAGCUUUUAUCAAAUUGUCAAAUGGCUUGGAUUUGCAUAAUAAAUUAGAGAUAUUCAAUUAGCUACAUGCACAUAAUUGUUUAAAAUGUGUAAUUUAUUUGCUAAUUCAAAGAUAUUCUAUCCAUGUUAAGUAUUUAACUAUUGAAUAUUCCAGUCAUCCAAAAUUGAAGACCAAUUUUUUGUUUUUCUAUCUGCACUACAGGAAUGUACCAAAUUUAGCUCUGGAUGACAAGUUGUCAGGCAAGACGCAACAACAACACGUUUUAGUUUCUCCUCAUUGUGGUUUUCAUUUAUAUUUCAGUAGAUAUGUAAAAAUGUGUACAAUAUUAACAGAGGGCUAUUCAAUAAACUGGAAAAAUAGA